GCCUGGGGCUGCCGCCCCGCUGACCGUGAACAACUUGGGCCUGCCGGGAGCCCGGGGCCGCAGGUCCGGAGCCGGGAGGCUCUGACCCUUGAACCCUGACUUGGCCCCUGGGUCAAAGUGACCAGUAAUAACAACAAUACGGACCACAGCCGGCGCCCCUGUAGCGCUUUAUGGUUUGCAAAGCGCUUCACUUACGUGGAGGAUACAGGCUCAACAUGUUGCCUGAGGCUUUGCUGGUGUCGGCGCCUGGGAAAAUCAUCCUUCAUGGGGAGCAUGCCGUGGUCCAUGGCAAGAUCGCGUUGGCUGAAGCCUUGAACUUGAGAACGUUCCUGCGGAUAAAGCCCCAAAAAGACGAGAAAGUGAGGCUCAGCUUGCCAAACAUAGGGGCCAAGAGGGACUGGGACGUUUCCAAGCUCCAGCUUCUGCAUGAGGCCUUCCUAGACUCCGGGGAGCCCCCAGCUCCGACGCCAGAGCAAGUGGAAAAACUGAAGGUGUUUGCAGGCUUCCCGACGGGCUCCUCCGAUAGCGAGUGCCUGGCCGUGCUGGCCUUCCUCUAUUUGUACUUAUCUGUUUGCAGGAAGCAGAGGCCCUUGCCCAGCGUGGACAUCGUGGUGUGGUCUGAGCUGCCCACCGGGGCGGGCCUUGGCUCCAGCGCUGCCUACUCGGUCUGCUUGGCAGCUGCCCUGCUGGCCUCCUGUGAAGAGAUCACGGGUCAUCUGAAGGAAGGCACCGCCAGUGCCAGGUGGACUGAGGAGGAGCUGAAUUUGAUUAACAGAUGGGCCUUUCUGGGAGAGAAGGUCAUUCAUGGGAACCCUUCUGGUGUGGAUAACUCCAUCAGCACUUGGGGUGGAGCCCUUCGAUUCCAAGGAGGGAACGUUUUGUCUUUACAGAGGAUUCCGAUCUUGAGAAUUCUCCUGACCAACACCAAAGUGCCCCGGAGCACCAAGACCCUGGUGGCUGGUGUCAAAGACAAGCUGGUAAAGUUCCCAGAGAUCAUGAACCCAUUACUAGCUUCAAUCAAUGCUAUUUCCCAGGAAUGUGAGCGCGUGCUGGGUGUGAUGGCAGUGGCCCCGACCCCCGAGCAGUACGUGGUAUUGGAAGAGCUCAUUGACAUGAACCAGCAUCACCUCAAUGCCAUUGGAGUGGGCCACGCCUCCCUGGACAGGCUGUGCCAGGUCACAGCAUCCCACGGGCUGCACAGUAAGCUGACGGGGGCCGGCGGCGGGGGCUGCGGCUUCACUCUGCUCAGACCAGGUCUGGAGCAGUCUGUGGUAGAAGCAGCCAAACAGGCCCUCACCGACUGUGGGUUCGAGUGCUGGGAGACCAUCAUUGGGGCUCCUGGAGUCUCACUCCAUUCUGAGUCUUCCUUAAAGGCCGACGUGCUACAGGCUUUGAACAGCUCCUAGGGUAAUGCUCUGCGGUCACUGUCCCAGACAGCAGCUUCCUGGGCCCCUGGCAGCCACAAGCUCCCGACAGACAGCUAGCCGGCCUGCCCCAGUGCCGGUCAUGGCUGCAUGCAGCCAGAGCUGCGGGCUGGCACAUGAGAACGGCAUCCCAUUCUGUGUAGGUGCACGCCGCUCCCACGGUCACCGGAUGCUCCCCCUCCACUUCCUGAUGCCCACAGCUGCCCCAGAGGCGAAGGCUCUCCCAUUUCCAAACUUCCCUUACCGCCGGGUCCCUAAGAGCUACCGUAAACCCAUUGGUUUCGGGCCUUGUUCCCUCUUUCCUCCGACUCAGUGCCUGAACCCGCUUGGGCUGGAGGGAUACCCUCAGCUCUGGCUGUGGCGGUUCUCUGCUUGUAGAGACGAGGUGAGGGCGAGGUGCCUCCUUUGCCCUUUCUGCUUCUCCAGAUCCCGCCCCUCAGCACCGGCCCUGCGAUGAAUCCUUCGCUGACCGCUCAAGCCCUGGCGGACUCCCUCUGGAAAUCUCAGGGUGGUACCACCCGGACUCCUCAGUCAUCACUUAGCCAGUGCUGUUUGGGGUCAUCUGUUAAAUUGUCACGGAUAAGCAUCUUGUCUUCAGCAGCGAAACUGGAAUUGUCCAUGCAGGCCACUCCUCCCAUUUUAAAAUUCCUUUGGACACCCUAGCACCGAGCAGGCCUCUCCGAAUGUCCGAAUGAAUGAACCGGGGAAGACGUCAUGUCCUUUGUGGUAUGUUUAAUGUACCAUACUGGUCCUCGUAUAGAGCGUUCUUGCCCCCACGUCCAGCUGGUAUGAAAUAUGAGAAUUUCCUGUGAUAAUUCUGUGUCCAUGAGAUGAUCUCGCUGCCUGGAGUCCCAGGGAGCUUUUCUGCCCAGCAGCUUCUGCAGAAUCCAAAGGAAAGACCAGGAUCCUCUGAUCCAGCCAUGGGGCGCUUGGGAGUUCUUCCCAUCCUUAACUCCUGAAAGGUGCAGGGAGGGGGGAGGUGGAGGCCAACUUGUCCCCAUGACCUCCACAUGGAGUGGAGAGGUGGAGGGAAGAUUUGAAAGUUUUGGGGAUGGAGGAAAGGAACUUGACCUUGUAAAGAUGUUUUUAAAUACAGAAAUGUAUGCUGAGUAAA